GUUGCGCGCUGUGCUUUCCGUGCUUGCCUAUUCACAACGAGGCGCGCAGCAUCCGAACCAGGCGGGGAGAUAAACGGUGGUGAUUUGCACGCAGGAAAAGAAAAAUUGGGCAAAAAAUUGUCACAGUCGCAGUGAUUACGCGCAGUCGGAUCGCGGGAAAAGUCGUGGAGUACUGGGAAGUGUCGCUUGGGAAGUCGUCCUCGCCCGAAUAAAGUGUAGUGGACAGGUGGCCACGGCAAGAUUUGGAAAAUUUCUGGUCUUUUUUUCUCUAGUCCCGGGGGUAUGACGGGCUGUUUUUUUCCCUUUUCUCUGUACCGCGGUGAAUAAAGUGAACAGUUCGGAAAAAAAAAUCGUGAAGCGCCUGUGUGGCAGAAGAGAAUAUUAUGAAGGAAAAUUGAAAGUUAUUUAUGUAACAAGUAAUAAUGCUGUGAUACAAUUUUUUUUGUAUCGUUUAGUAAAUAAAAUUUGGCUUGUGCUUCCAUAGGAAAAAAAUCUCAGCUGUGUUUUCGAAGUGCAGAGUGUAAACAGUUAGCAGUCUAAGGAAAGCGGAAAAUUUGGAAAUUGCAAAAUAAGCAGUUGAACCGAAAAGUGUAAGCCCAAGUGUUGUGAUAGUAUCUAAUUUCUGUUGUUGCCGUUCGAGAGAUAGUUCAAGGAUUGGUCAGGCGCCAUGGCGGACACCUAUGAGGAAUAUGAGGAAACUCACACCGUCACGCGAAAAUCGGUGACCACCUUCAGGAUUGAGGAAACUUCAUCCUCAACCACUGCCAAAACCAUCACAACUCCUGCAAAGCUGUACGGCAAAGACCUCGGCGCUUACGAUGAUAUCGACGUGGAUGAGCUUCUGGCGCAGCUCUCGCCGGAAGAAAUUACCAUGCUUGCCAAAGAGGUCGAUCCGGAUGAUUCCUUCCUGCCUCCCAGCCAGAGAACCAACUACGAGUGCACCAAGGAACCAACCGGUCCGCUGAACAGAAAGAAGCUCAUAGAUCACAUCAACAAACAGGCGCUGGAGACUCCGGACCGGCCGGAGUUGGAACCAUUUGUGCCUGGCACAGUUCGUGGCAAAAAGUGGAUUCCGCCCCCGCAGGAGAAGAAGAUGCAGGAUGCCGAGGAGCAGAUCGCGAUCGAUCUGGGAGACGAGUACGAGCAGGCCCUGUCGGAUGCGACCCAGGAGGAGAUCAUCGAUUUGGCGGCCAUCCUCGGCUUUCACUCGAUGAUGAAUCAGGACCAGUAUCACGCCUCGCUGCUCAACAAGGGCCAGCCGAUCGGGCUGGGCUGGGAUGGCAUCACGAAGUCCUCCAUCCAGAAGGUGUUUCCGGCGGAGGCACCGAACAGCACCGACCCGGAGGAGGCGAUCAAGAAGAUCAAGGACGACGACAGCAAACUGGUGGACGUGAAUUUUAACAAUAUUAAGAGCAUCUCCGACGAGCAGUUCGAGCGACUGAUCGAGGCACUGCCGGGCAACACCCACCUGGAGGUUCUCUCGCUGACCAACGUUGGCCUGACCGAUCGUACUGCCCUGCUGCUGGCGGCCGCCAUCGAGCGCAACCACACGCUGCGUGUCCUGAACGUGGAGACCAACUUCAUCAGUCCACCCGUGAUCGUAACCCUGGUCAAAUCCCUGCUCACCCAGAUGACCAUCGAGGAGUUCAGAGCCUCCAACCAGCGAUCGCAAGUGCUGGGCAACAAAAUCGAAAUGGAAAUCACCGAACUGGUAGAGAAGAAUACCAGUCUGCUCCGGCUAGGCCUGCACCUUGAGUUCAACGAUGCGCGCCACCGGGUGGCCGCCCAUCUCCAGCGCAAUAUCGAUAGAAUCCGCGUCGAUAAGAGGGAGGGUCGAUCGUCGCGCGGCAGCUUCUACCGGCCGCGGCCUGUCGAGGAACCAAUGGAGGAGCUCGAAGAGGAAGACGAGGAGGAAGAGGAAGAGGAGGAAGAAGAGCGUGAGGUGCCACAGGACUACGACGUCGAGGAGGAUCCAGACAACGUCGUCAUCCGUCCGCCACCGUCCGACGAUGAGGAUAUUAAGAAAAGAUCUGUCUCGUCGUCUGCAGUUUAGAUUUUUCCAAAAUAUUCACAGAAAGCAAGCGACAAUGAUACAGUGAACUGGCGCAAGCUCGUAGAUCACCGUAUCGAGUGGCUAAGAAUGUUAUCUAAUAGCUUCGGGUUUUUUGUUUCUAUGAUUUACGUUUGUAUGAAUAUUUUGUAAAGAGAGUCAGAGGGAAGAAAAAAUAAAUAAAAAGUCAGGAAUUUUACUUCAACCUAGAUUGAAGCAGGGCUAGGGAAUAACCUCUCCGUUCGCGUUUUUUUGGUUAUUAAGUUUUUUAUGUGAUCAAAAUUUUGGUACAGAGAGGAGAGACAGAAAAGGAGAUUUUUAUGAUUAUUCUCUGUGGGAAGAAUUUUUCUUGUUCUUGUUUUGGUACCCACUUUUUGUGUACAGAAUUUGAAGAAAAAAAACGGAAGAGCAAAGAGAGAGAGAGGGAGGAAGAAAUUGUUGCAAAUACAUUUUUAUCUUUUAUAUUAUAACAGUUAGAUAGCCAAUAGGGAAACAUUACUAUGAGCUGUAUAGUUUAAAGAGCCAUGCCAUCGUCAUGUUUCAUCGUCGUCAUCUCUUCUGAAGCAACAACAGAGCAGCAUCUGCAGCAGCACGAAUCACCGCUAUGAUGAGGGAAUCACCGUUUGGCUGUUAUUCCCUCCUCGCAAACGCCUUCUGGCGGUCCCGCUAAUCACCGUAACUACUAGCCAUUAGUGUCACUUUUUUUUCUACGCAUACAUCUCGUCUUUUGUCCUGGAUAAGAAAACAGAAAACCAAAUGUUAGAGUUCAGGCGAUCAUCUUGAAGGAUGGGAAUUGCUGGAGUCUGCCGCAACACCUCGAAAAAUACGCCAAAUCCGUCUGAAUCAGCGCAAGUAAAUCGAUCUGGCCAAUCCGUCGCUGCCGCUUCGCGGCUAUCCAAAUUAAACUAACACAAACGACAAAACCAUCAUACAUUUAUCCGAUAUCAACAUGAGGCGUCAUCACCAUCAACUACAACCACAAAAACAACAACAAACGCAAUCAUUAUGUUCGUACCCGUCUGUCUGUCUGCGUGUGAUUUGUUCCGUGUCUGUGAUUUGUGAAUUGCGACCGAGACUGCAUUCGGUGUGUAUGUGUGUAGGUGUGUUAAUGUGGGUUCCGAACAGAUGCUACUCUCGCAAACACACACACACACAUGUGUAACACAAUACCAAGAUUCCCUUAUCAAUAACAACUAUCGCGAUGCGAUUUCGUGGUCGAAAACGGAAUAGUAAUAAACAAGACUCGAAUUUAGGGGGUCUCUUAGUGGAAGCGAUGGAUUCGAUUUUGGGUUUACAAAAUUUGCCGUGGACGUCGCGUAGGUCAUGGGAACCAAGCUAACAUCGCUGGAUACUUCCGUGGCUGAAAAAUAGCUGAUCAGAUCAGAACACAACGCAAACAACGGACGACACCACGCAUGUGCAUCACACCUGUCCGAAUUACGCCAUCAUUGUGUCCGCUUAGUAGCAACCCCAAAAAAAAAAUAAGGUGCUUGUGUCGUCCCAGUGCGCUGCCCAUUUUAUUUGACGUUGACGACUACUAAAUAUUUUUAAUCAAGACUACCAAGAAGAAGAAAAAAAAAAGCAAGCCUCACAUACAUAUAUAUUGAGAGCGAGAAGGGAUCCAAUUGCGCUGAUUCGAGCAACGAUUUGUACGAACCAUGUGGAGCCCCACUUAGUUAAUGGAAUUUGAUAUCAAACAUUAACCCCCCCUUUGUUAGCAAGAUAGAAGCUUAUUGUAAGAAGAAAAGUAAAUUACCAGGUAAGAGACCCGCAAGUGAUUACCGUUUAUUUUCAUCCUAUUAUCGCUGCUUGGAGAUUGCGAACGGGAUGAUUGCCUAAACUCUUUUAUUUAUAUGAAUAUUAUGCUAACUUUUAGAGCGGUUCGCAAGAGCAACUUUUAUUUUUAAACAUUUUUACUAGUUGAGUAAUUCAUUGUAAUAAGAUGAUAAGAGACAAGAGAAGAAAAUUACGGGGAGGAUAAUUCGAACGGUUUUGGUCUUCUUCCGGCGCGAAAAUCAGUUCUGAGCGAAAGAAAAGCACCGCCUUGUCCUUACCUCAGCGAAACAGCAGCAACAGCAGCAGCAGCAGUGAUCAUUGCUUUCAAAACAAAUGAAAAAUCGCGAAAUUGUUCGUCACCUUGAAAACCUUAGGAUAUUAUUCGAAAAGCUUUACCUAUCACACCCGUCAUAUGAAUCCAAUAUAUAGAUGAGAAUAAGUACA